UGCAUCUGCCUUUUCCAGUGAUGACGUUGCGCAUUGCUUGAUCCUAUCAGAAAUUAGAAACUCUAGAUUCCUCAUUUGAAUACAGGACGUAUAAGUUAAGUAGCUCUGGAAAGAGGCUUCUCUUUUAUUUGGAAAGAUCCGCCGUCAUGCCAGAUCCGUCCAAAUCAGCUCCCGCACCCAAGAAGGGCUCCAAGAAAGCUGUUACUAAAGCGCAGAAGAAGGAUGGCAAAAAGCGUAAGCGCAGCCGCAAAGAGAGUUAUUCCAUCUACGUGUAUAAGGUGUUGAAGCAAGUGCACCCGGACACCGGUAUCUCUUCCAAAGCUAUGGGCAUCAUGAACUCGUUCGUGAACGACAUCUUCGAGCGCAUCGCCAGCGAGGCCUCCCGUUUGGCGCACUACAACAAGCGUUCUACCAUCACGUCCCGAGAGGUGCAGACGGCGGUGCGCCUGCUGUUGCCCGGCGAGUUGGCCAAACACGCUGUUUCGGAAGGUACCAAAGCCGUCACCAAAUACACCAGCUCUAAAUGAGCUGCAUCUCGGUGCCCGGAAACCCAAAGGCUCUUUUCAGAGCCACUUACAAGAUCGAGAAAGGGUGUCGAACACGUGAAGGGUUUGUUAUGUAAAAGCAUCCCUUGUCUACUUCGUGGUGGCUUCUAGGUUACUAGGAGCGCGCUUGGAUUUCUCCCCCACCCCCCUGCCCCAUAGACGUGCGCGCGCGUGUGUAUGUGAGCAGAAUGCGAAAGUGUACCUACAUUUCACCAGUGGUCGGGGAUGGGCUGGCGAGGAGAAAUAACAGUGCGGGAAACAAUGAAAAGGCUGCGUCUCCACCACUGCUUCCACUCAAAGCUAGCGACGCGUCACUAAACAAAAUAGGAACCUUGAUUUCAAAUGUCUUUAGGGUCUGGAGAGUGCCAUUUCUGACGCUUGCGGGCAUGGUACAAUUUUGUGUGCGCAUGAUGUUCGCCUGUGGGUGGGUGGCGCGGGUCAUCAUCACCCCCACCGCCCCAUCUCCCGCUUCCCCAGAGAGAUUGUAUGCCAUUCGAAUACCUCCGUGUUUAUUAAUGAGGGUGUUGUACAGCUUUGGCGCUGGCGCCUGGCGAUGCAUCUCCGCCCAGACCAGAUAUCUUUAUCCUAAGGCAAUGAACAUUUACCGGAGGAUGUUUGCAUGUCUGGAUUCUUCAAAGGCGGAAUGUUUGAAACCGAAAGGAAAAUGGAAGCAUAGUGGAACACAGCUCUCUGUGCUCCAGAACUGGAUGUAGUAAGCCCACCCUGGCUGCAGGUACCUAGGGCGGGACUGGGGAAAGGAGGGCAAUUUAAGAGAAAAUUAACCUUUUUCUCAGCAAAUGUAAACUUCCACUUCAGCCCCAUUAUUCUCAGUGACGCACUGGUGACGCACAGUUUUCCCUUUGAGUUCACGGCAUUCAUUUGGAAAAUGUCAUCUUAGUUCAGAGAAAGUGCUUUAGCGUGAAGAGUUCACACUGAAGAAGAUAUCGCCUACCUUUUUUGCCUGUUUUUCCUUAUUUGUAAGAAGAGGAUUUCAAAUAAUCACUUUCUUGAGCUGUUUUGAGAAUUAGAUGUGUUGUUGAAAGGUCGUGUCAUCUCUGGCAAGGACUGACGUUCAAUUAAAGGCUAACAACCGGGCUUUUGCAAAUUAUGUCCAAAGGAAGAAGGUUGGAUACUUGAUUCGGUUGGUAAGGCUGGGCAGGGCUGGG